GCCGGCGAGCGCGCGCCACGCCACCGCACGACAUGACCCGCGACCCGCGAUGUCACUUACUCCGCGAAAACAUUCGUGACGAGACCUUCUCUGACGUACCCUCCCUGUAAACCCCAAUAUCCAUGCAUCGCUGCAGUCACGCAUCGUGCUCGUGCAUCACCGUAAAAUGCCAAAAAAACAUAACAAUUUGAAAAGACUCGAACUUCGAACUUUCAAUCAAGUUAUAGUGUACGUGUUGUUUUACUACCAUGCCAUCGGCAGCUUCGCGGUGGAGAUGCCGCACGAGUGCGCGUACCGGAGCCCCGAGACGGAAGCGUCGGAGGACGCGGUGCUUUUCUGCAAAAUCCGGACGAUUAAUAGUUUAGACCACCUGUUACAGAACAUCAGUCGGACACAUUACGACGAGGUGGUGUCCUUGCAUGUGCAAUGUAGUGAGAUCCUGUUCUUUGAGAGUACAUUGGCGGCUGAAAAGGUGCCACCGAAACAAGUGGCACUUCCAAAGAUGCGAGAUCUCUUCGUUGACAAGUGCAAGCUGCGGCAGAUCCCGGCGCGAGCAUUCGAGAACUUCAAGGAUCUGAAGCGACUCCACGUGACGACUCACAACAGCGAGUGGUCGGCGAUGACUAUGGAACUGCACGACCAAGCCUUCUCCGGCUUAAAUGAACUCAUUGAGCUCAACCUAAGUGAUAACAAUAUAUGGAGCACUAAAACGGAAACUUUUUGCUCUUUGUAUAGUUUGAAAACGUUGAAUCUUACAAGAAAUCACUUGCAAAAUAUUAAGACUAUAGGCUUUUCUGAUUCGAUAAUCGAGCAGAACCUAAGUGUUAAAAGUUGUAAUUUAGUUUUAGAAGUGUUAGAUAUGUCUUUUAAUGAUUUGAUAGUAAUUUCUGAUAACAGCUUAUCAAAGUUACGUUCCCUGUCUAAGUUGUUGUUACAAAAUAAUGCUAUAUCUACAAUAGAAGAUCGUGCAUUUGGCGGGGUAGUUAAUUUGCAGGUACUUAAUUUGUCAAGUAACUUCCUAACCAGCCUUCCCCCUGACCUCUUUGCCGAUACCAAGUUAUUAAAAGACAUAAAUUUAAGCAAUAAUACGAUCAAUGUUAUGCCUCCAGGGUUAUUUGAGGGUUUGGAGCAUCUGCAGAUAUUGGACCUCUCUCGUAACCACCUUACCAGUCAGUGGAUUAAUAAAAACACUUUUGUAGGGUUAUUGCGAAUGGUGAUACUGAAUCUUUCUCGAAACCGGUUAGUUAAAAUUGAUCGGUAUAUGUUCCAAGACUUAUAUAGCUUACAAAAGUUAAACCUGGAGCAUAACGAAAUAUCAACUAUUGAUGAGCACUCUUUUGAAGAACUACGAAAUUUGCAUUCUUUGACACUUUCUAAUAAUAAACUUCAACACAUUCAUUCACAUCUAUUUUCCGACUUACAUGUAUUACAUGAACUUUUUAUAGAUAAUAAUAAGAUUAAACAUAUUGAAGAUAAUGCUUUCGAUAACAUGACCACUAUUGAGGAUUUGACUUUAAAUGAUAAUUUAUUGAAUUCCAUACCUUCUUCUAUGCGUAAAUUACGAUCCCUCCGGUCGCUAGACAUCGGUACAAACAACAUUACGCACCUCUAUCGGGAAAACUUCCGCGGUUUAUCCGAACUUUUCGGCUUGCGGCUAGUAGAUAACAAAGUUACGUUUUUGAAUGAAGAUACUUUCGAACAUCUGCCUCAAUUACAGGUUCUUAAUUUGGCCUCUAAUAAAAUAAAUCACGUAUCUCCUGGUUGUUUCAGGAAAAAUAUUAAUCUGAAACUAUUGCGAAUGGACGGCAACGAAAUAAACAAGUUUGAUGGAAUAUUUAAUACUCUAGACACUUUGGUUUGGCUCAACAUGUCUGAGAAUAAAAUAACUUUCUUUGACUUCAAAAGUUUUCCGAGUAGCCUGGAGUGGCUAGAUUUACAUAAAAACAGUAUUGAAAAUUUUGUCAAUGAUGACAUGUAUUCCCACUUGAAUAUAAAGUUAUUAGAUUUAAGUUUUAAUAACAUAAGUCAACUAACAGUCACAUCAAUACCAAAAUCAGUUGAAAAGUUAUAUUUGAACGAUAAUUACAUAAAUUAUAUUCAAGUUGGAGCGUUUUCGAAACUACAAAGACUAUCAACGGUGACGCUCAAUAAUAAUAGACUUGUUCAACUUGACAUGAAUGCUUUGAGAUUAGACCAAAUAGAUGAAGAUAGUGACUUACCAGAGUUUUUUGUUAGUGGAAAUCCGUUUGUGUGUGACUGUUCUAUGGAAUGGAUUCAACGUAUUAAUUACUUGAGUCACAACCGGCAGUAUCCACGUGUUCUUGACUUAGACAAAACGUUUUGUUCUCUCGUCCAUUCGCGUGCCAGAGAAAAGAAAAUAAUAAUUGAUAUGUCACCUUCGGACUUUCUCUGUCCUUACGAAAGCCAUUGUUUUGCCCUAUGCCAUUGUUGUGACUUUGUUGCUUGUGACUGUGAAAUGAUUUGUCCUAAUAAUUGUAGAUGUUAUCACGACAUAACUUGGAAUGCGAACGUAGUCGAUUGUUCCAAUGCCGGCUAUACAGAAGUACCAGAAAGAAUACCAAUGGACGCAACAGAGAUAUAUUUAGAUGGUAACCACAUAAGUAAUUUGGGAAAUCACGUUUUUAUAGGCAAGAAAAAACUACAAGUUUUAUAUUUGAAUAAUACUCAAUUAGGCGAAGUUAACAAUCAAACAUUUAAAGGCAUUGAGUCACUUAGGGUACUGCAUUUAGAAAAUAACAAAUUGGUCGAAUUGAAAGGAGACGAAUUUAUACACCUUAAUAACUUAAAAGAGCUAUAUUUAGAUCAUAACGCUAUAGCUCUUGUAGCAAAUAAUACAUUUUCUUCAUUAAAAUCUCUAUCCGUUCUCAGAAUUGAUGAAAAUAAACUUGUCAACUUUUUUCCUUGGAAAUUAUUAGCUUCCUCCUCGAAAAACUUAGCGCACGUGUCCAUUGAAGGAAAUCAAUAUUCUUGUGACUGCAAAAGCAUAGCAGAACUAGACAACUGGCUUCGUAGAGAUCCCGGUGAUCCAGAAAAAAUGCUUUGCACAGACACUGAGGGUAAUCCCACAACAAUUACUAUAGCCUCAGUACUCAGUCACUGCAAGGAAUAUAUGGGCUCAGUGGGUGAUCCAAUGGUUUCUAGAAACGAAAUCCAUUCAAACUCCAUAUUUUUACCUGAUAAUUACUUUGCUAUAAUAUGUGGUAUUAUAAUAAUUGUUGUUGUGAUUUGUCUAAUAGGUGCUAUCUUUUAUGCAUUCAGAUAUGAAGUAAGUGACUGGUUGUACACUAAAUACGGAGUCCCCUUAUUCAAGGAACAGUCUUGCCCUAAUGUAGACCAAGUACUGGAAGGGAAUCUUAAUCACAUGUACGAUUAUUACGUGAUAUGCAAUACCAAAGAUACAAACUUUGUAAAUCAUAAUAUAAUGUCGGAACUUGAGUUCAGGAAAAUGGCGUCAAAAAAACAAAUCGUCAGCGAGUCUUCCUUGAAUAUAUUGACACUAGAUAGUUUUUCAAAAUCUUCAAGAUUGUCAAAACGCCUGGUAAUAGUUAUCACAACAAACUUUUUAUGUAAUGAUUUAUGUGAAAUCCACUUCAAAAAUAUAUUCUAUAGUUACUUAAAAUCAUUAAACCGUAGUGAUCUGAAUAAAGUUAUAUUUGUAAAGCUAGUAGACAACAACCAAAUAAACGACGAUCUCGGGUUUCUUUUGGAUAAGUUCAAAAACAUCUCUUGGGACGACCCAAGAUUUUGGGACAAAUUUGUCGCAUUGCUCAACUCGACCGAUACAAUAAUCACAUUAAGGAGCACCGAGAAAAGCGUGUUCAAGAAGUCGUUGCGUCAAACCCCGACUUUGAGAUACACAACAAUGCCGGUCACCGGAGACAGCUGUUCCAAGCAGAAUUUCACGAAUUCUUUGCAGUACUGCAAAGGGCGAGAUGGAGACGACUCUCCUUGCGAGAGUUCGCCGUCGUCAGACAACAACACGUACGGAGACGGGAACAAUUCGAACAAUAGCUACAUGUCGAUCGACAACAGAACAUGUCCCCGGUUUAAUUACGACCUGAGGCUGAACCCCGGCAAUGGUCACGUAUACUCGAGGGUGGAAGACAUUUCGCCGACUAAUGUUCCCCGCUCGGCCGCGACCGGCGUGGAAGGGCGCACGUACUUUGUCUGAGCCAUGCCAUCUUAUUAGUAUUCCACUCUCUGUUCCUUUAUAAUAACGAACUUGUUUCUUAAAAGGUUACCUCUCAGACGUUUAUUGCUCCAAAAUUAUAAUGACUUGUGAAAAUCUCUCUAAUGUUAAUGUUGACAGUUGAAACGUUACUAAAUAAUUAAGUGCAUAUUUUGUCAAUUGUUUAAUGGAUGUAACACCGUUGUAGAUAAGUGUAAGGUCUAUAUCAAACUAAGAUGUUUGUACAAAGAUUGUAAAAAUAUUUAUACACUGAAACUUUCAGAUUAAGCUUUUAACCUUAUUUUGUUUAUACAUAUAAUAACUAUGUACUUAUAAUAUUGUGGAUACUUAUAUUCAUCACUGUAAUGCAACACCAAAUAGUUAAGGCCCUUAAUGAAUCCAGAUUUAAAUAGAAAUUAAUUUUACCUAAUAUUUUUCACUAAGUAAUUACGUAAGUUCAUACGUACAUUUUUAAUGAAAUGAAACAUUUAUUGUAUGUAAGCAUAAUAUAUAAUAAUGAUAAUAGCAAGACGCAAAAAAACAAUAUUAAAUGAAAUAAUUUCAUAUACGUAUAUUGAUUAUUAUGCUUUUGAAUAGAUAUAAUUAUGUAAUCACAAUCCAUUUUAUUGUAGUAUUAAAUUUGUGUAUAGGUAUUAUUAAUGUGGGUUGAUACAGUCCGAAUAUCCGGAACAAUUUACUAAAAUCACUUAGUUUUUUUUUCGUAGAGCAGAUAUAUAUGGCUUAAUUUCACUUCAAUCAUAAUUCAUAUUUAAACAUAAUUACUUAAAUAAAACUAAGUAGUAAAGUAACUUAGAAAAAAACGUUGUUCGAGUACAAAAUUUCACCAAAGUGGUAUUUCAAGGUUUUUUUUUUAUAUGGCCGCUCCUUUUUUUAAUGUUCCUACUUGUUUUGGCGUACUUAGUUCUAAAGUAUAGACAUUUUUAAUAAAUUUAGAACUGCAGAGAGUUUAUGUUUGGCUAUGUAUGAAUAUUAUAAUACAAAUACAAAGAACCCAUAAAUUAAGUAGGUACGCAUCUCUAAUCCAUAAUUACCCUUAAUUAAUUUUGAAACUCGCUUGAUACCUAUUAUUAAUUAUUAGGUACAUUUAAUAUUUAUAAAUUUAAGCUAAAUCGUGAUAUUAGACUUAACUAUUAUAAACUCGAUAAUAAAUGUAUUUUUCGCUAUGUAAUUACUAGAUGUAAUGAAAAUUAUUGUUUUGUAUAAAUUGUACAAAGAUAUUAUCUUUAAACUCAUUAUUAAAUUAUACUGACGUUUUGAUACUUA